AAGGUAGCAUCCAAAUUGCUAAAUUGAGAGGCGAUGAAAGCAAAUCAAUUGGAACGCCACCCAGCGACUUGGCUGGACAACAUUCAAUUGACAGAGACACCACUUACUGCCCCUUGCCACCACCUAGUUCCCAGUCGAGCAGUCCACGGAUUAUGAGCGAUUGAGGUGUAACUACACUGGGAAAACACACGCACACAAACUGCGUAGUGACGAAGCGCACCUGCAGCCACAAUUACUACUAUACUAUGCAAAUCUGCGGUGGUCGUGCGAUCUUAGCGAGUGACGCAGACUUAUAGAUCUACAUAGAUCUCUGCUAUAUUUUCAAUUUUCUUAGUUUGUACUAAGAUUUUUGAAAAUAUCAUAUAUAUAUUUUGAUCUACUAUUUGCCCGCAGUGUGUGCCACUUACCUCGCCACAAUCUGCACACGCUGGGCUGCCUGCUGCUGGUCUAAUGCAAUUUGAAAUGUGUAAUGCAAUCGUUCCUCGUUCCACGACCAGGCAGUUCUCUUCGGGCUGGGUCUUCCCGAUUGGCGAGCUCGUCUCGCUGGACUUGGUUACACAUAUGUCUCUGGCACUUCGAUUGAGUCGCAUCACUGGACUGGAACUUUGCGCUGCGAGGAAUCGGAAUCCGAAUCUGGAUCGAAAUUGGAAUUGGAAUUGGAAUACCGUGCUAAAAUCUCUCUAAAUCCGGAUUUGUGUCGUAGUUUCUAUCACUCGAUCGGAAUGAGCUCGGUUAAGUAUCUAAAGAAUAUGACUGAAAAGGAACGCGAUGAGUUCUUUGACUCAUUCGAUUUGGUUUUGUGCGAUUGCGAUGGUGUGGUUUGGUAUCCACUGAGGGAUUUCAUACCCGGUUCCGCCGAGGCAUUGGCCCAUUUGACCCAUCUUGGCAAGGAUGUGACCUUCGUGACCAACAACAGCAUCAGUUCGGUGAAGGAGCACAUCGAGAAGUUUGAGAAACAGGGCCAUCUAACGAUUCAUGAGCAUCAAAUCGUUCAUCCUGCCCAAACCAUCUGCGAUCACUUGAGGUCCAUUAACUUCGAGGGACUCAUCUACUGCCUGGCCACGUCGCCAUUCAAGGAAGUCCUCGUAAAUGCCGGAUUUCGUUUGGCCCAAGAGAGUGGUUCGGGAAUCAUCACGAGUCUGAAGGAUCUGCACGAGGCCAUCUUCUCGGGCGAAUCGGUGGAUGCGGUCAUCAUCGACGUUGACUUCAACCUGUCGGCGGCCAAGUUGAUGCGUGCCCAUUUCCAGCUCCAAAAUCCCCAGUGCCUCUUCCUCGCCGGAGCUGCCGAUGCUUUGAUUCCAUUUGGCAAGGGUGAAAUUAUAGGACCUGGAGCCUUUAUCGAUGUGGUGACCCAGGCCGUUGGCCGUCGGCCCAUAACCUUGGGCAAGCCGGGCGAGGAUCUGCGCAAGCUUCUGCUGGAACGCCAUCGGGAAAUCCCGCCCAGCCGCGUGCUCUUCGUGGGCGAUAGUCUGGCCAGCGACAUUGGAUUCGCCCGCGCCAGUGGCUACCAGACACUCCUCGUCCUCACCGGCGGCACAAAGCUGGAGGAUGUCCAGCGCCUGCCGAUUGACCAUGCCCAGAUGCCCGACUAUCUGGCCGAUUGCCUGGGCCAGAUAGCAACCAAUAAUCCGGCAUCGAGUAACUCUGACUCGGCGCAUUCGAUGUGAUGAUAGUGUUCAAGUGUUUGUCAAACUUAUCUGCGGCUUUUUAAUCAAGUUUGUUUGUUGGUAAUAGGCGGAAACCCAAAGUGACUCCAAUUACUCACUGCACAAUGUGUUCCUCGACUUCGGAAGUGGGGAAUACCCUAUAAUCUAGACACUAUAUACUAUUAUAAGUGCAAAAG